UUGGCACAGCAUAACACAGCAUACACCAAGAUUUGUUUCCAAUUAUCGUCGAAAAUGACAGUGUCCAAUCAGACCUUGGCGCCGCUAGUGCCUCCUAGCCGAGAGGAGAAGGCAAACGGCUGGCCUAAGCACAUCGACGACGACGAUCAAGCCGUCCUGGUGCUACGAAACCUCAUUUUCGACAUUUGUAACCAGAACAAUGGUGGACAUGGUGGGUCAGCCAUUGGUAUGGCCGCUAUUGGUGUUGCACUAUGGAAGCACACAAUGCGUUACAAUCCGUCGAAUCCAGAAUGGUUCAACAGAGACCGUUUUGUACUAUCCAAUGGUCACGCCGCCAUGUUUUUGUAUGCUCUGAACCAUCUCGUCGGCUAUGACGACUGGACGAUGGACGAAAUCAAAGGUUAUGGAAGUGCUAAAGUGGAUGGCUACAUGACCCUUUCCCAUGCUCAUCCAGAAAUUGGGGUUCCAGGAGUCGAAGUCACUACAGGACCCUUGGGUCAAGGUAUCGCCAAUGCUGUCGGUCUCGCUAUUGCAAGCAAGAACCUGUCUGCGCGCUUCAACCGGCCCGGCUUCGAUGUUGCCACGUCUCGUAUAUACUGCAUGACUGGAGAUGGGUGCUUGAUGGAAGGAGUGGCACUGGAAGCCAUGUCAAUCGCUGGUAACCUUCAACUGGAUAACUUGGUCGUCAUCUAUGACAACAAUCAAGUGACUUGCGAUGGACCCCUCGACUGGAUCAAUGUCGAGGACAUUAACUCCAAGAUGCGUGCAAGUGGCUGGCAUGUUCUUGAAGUUGACGAUGGCUCCUACGACGUCAAGAAGAUUGUCUCAGCACUGGACUAUGCAGGAACUCUCAUCAAAAAGCCGGUCUUCAUUAAUGUCCGCACAGUCAUUGGUCUUGGUACCUCUAGUGCUGGAACAUUCAAGGCGCAUCACGGUGCAUUUGAUGCUGAGAGUGUGGCUGAAUCGAAACGUUUGGCGGGACAGGAUCCCUCUGCAACGCACCAAAUACCUUCUUCCGCCCUCAAGUAUUUCAGAGAGAGGAAGCAACACGGUCAGAAGCUACAAAGCGACUGGGAGAGCUUGCUCGAGGAAUACCGCUCAGCUCACCCCGAACUAGCCGAGGAGUUUCGAAAGAGACGAGCUGGCGACAAUGGAGAUGAGUGGCGCAGGAGUCUUGAGACGAUAGACUCGGUGCAGUUCAGUAAGAAUGCCACACGCGAGGUCAAUGGAUCUCUCAUGGAAACGUUAUGGAAAGCCCAUCCCGCGCUUACUGGAGGCGGUGCGGACUUGGUCAACUCCAACAAGAUUACCUAUGACCCCGCCGAGGUGUUUCAUCCAUCUGUCGGCUAUACUGGGCGAUACAUUCGCUACGGUAUUCGCGAGCACGCUAUGGCAUCUAUUUCGAAUGGCAUAGCAGCUUAUAGCCCAGGUACCUUUCUUCCAUUCACUGCCACAUUCUUCAUGUUCUACAUCUACGCUGCCCCAGGAGUUCGAAUGGGUGCUCUGAGCCACCUGCCUGUGAUUCAUAUCGCAACGCAUGACUCAUUUGCUGAAGGUCAAAAUGGCCCAACUCAUCAACCUGUCGAACUGGACUCUCUGUAUCGUGCUAUGCCGAACUUGACUUACAUCCGACCGUGCGAUGCAGAGGAAGUGAUUGGUGCUUGGAUGCUUGCUAUCUCAAAGACUACAGGUCCUUCCAUGCUUUCACUUGGGCGAGAUCCAGUUGGACCAGUUCCAAACACGGAUCGAUAUAAGGUUGCUAAGGGUGCAUACAUUGUCAAGGACGUUGAGAAUCCUGAUCUUAUCUUGGCUAGCUGCGGUACCAACUUGCCCCAUACUGUUGCGGCUUCUGAACGUCUACUCGCCUCAGGAGUCUCAACCAGAGUAGUGAGUACUCCAAGCUUCGACCAUUUCGACGCACAGGAUCAGUCGUAUCGAGAGACUGUAUUCCCGUUGGAUGGAACCCCCAUCGUGAGCGUUGAGGAGUAUGUUGCAACAACCUGGGCACGUUAUGUAACCGCAAGUGUUGGCAUGAAGAGCUACGGUUACUCGGCUUCUAACCCCAGCAACUAUAAUCGAUUUGGUCUUGAUGCUGCAGGCAUAGAGGCUAGAGUUAGGGGCUAUCUGAAGGACUUGGAUGGAAAAGAUGCUAGGAAAUCAGGAUGGCGAGCGAUUUAG